AUGUCUCUGCAGCGAGUCUCCAGGUGUACAGACACCUCCUCUCUAGCCUUUGCUGCCUUUCACUCUCGCGCCGCCAAGUGCCCGCGGCCAGCAGCAGCAAGAGCAGCAGCAGCAGCAGCAGCAACGGCAGCAGCAGCAAAGGCAGCAGCAGCGAAGGCAGCAGCAGCAGCAGGAGCGGCAAGGAGACACAAGUUUGCCUGCAUAUCCACAUGCGUCACACGGGGUCUUCGUGCUGCUUGCUGCAGCAGCAGUAACAGCAGAACGCUUUGCAGCAGCAGCAGCAGCAGCAGCUUGGGGAGGACCGAUACCACGGGCAGCAGCAGCAGCACAGCAGCAACUGCAGCAGCAGCAGCAGCAGCACGCUGGUACCCUUUUCUGGGUCCUCGACGAGACCCUGCAGGCUUCCUUCAGACUGAAGGGCUGCUGCAGCAACUGCUGCCGCAAGCAGCAGCAGCUGCUGCUGCUGCUGCUGAGCCACUCUGCACAGACAAUGAAGACUGUAGGAUAGCAGCAGCAGCGGCAGCAGCAGGAGCGGCAGCAGCAGGAGCAGCAGCAGCAGCAAGCGCAGUUGCUUCUGACGAGCAGAAGCAGAUCGCAGCUUCUGUGGGGAGUGCCGUUGGUCAGUUCAAAGCGUUUGCUGCUGCUGCUGCUGCUGCUGUGGAAGCAACAGCAGCAGCGCUGCAGCAAAUCGUUGCGGAGAUCCCCUCCCCCGCCAGUGCACAGCAGCACCAACAGCAGCAGCAGCAGCAGCAGCAGCAGCAGCAGCAAGAUGAGAACAUUCAGUGGGAGCUGCCAGCAGCACAAAUCCCUGUUGACGUCCUUGGCGACUUCGCCUAUUACUGCCGGCCUUCCCCCUUCUGCCCUGAAUGCGCCGUCCUCUGCCGCAAGCCCCUCCCACAGCAGCAGCAGCAGCAGCAGCAGCAGCAGCAGCAGCAGCAACAGCAGCAGCCUUUGGAGUCGCUGUUCGAUCUGCUGCAGCAGCAGAGGGGCAGGGAUACGGGACUGUUGCUGCAGCAGGAAGCCACUGCGUUGCUGCUGGAGGGAGAGGAGCAGAUCCUGGACCUUGGUGCAUUCAAGCUGCAGCAGCAGCAGCAGCAGCAGCAACAGCAGCAGCAGCAGCAGCAGCAAGCAGCAAUCCCUGUGCUGCGAAGCAUGAGGGUGUGCGGAGACAAAGGACUCGUUGUUGGCAUUUCAGUCGACCCGGAAGGCGCAGACAGACCGCUUGCGUUGCUGCGGAUCAGCAGCAAACAGUGUAGCAGCAGCAGCAGCAGCAGCAGCAGCAGCAGCAGCAGGUGCAGCAGCAGCAGCAAGGGCAGCGAAAGACAGCCGCCACACCUGCUGUCUCCUUGGGAGUGGCUGCCUGCGGCCCCAGAUGUGAGGGAUGUCUCUGGUAUCGAAUUUUGUGCUGCUGCAGCAGCAGCAGAAGCAGCUGCAGCACACGAUCCACCCGCAGCAAAAGCAGCAGCAGCAGCAGCAUCUGCAGCAGCAGGGUCGACGGCAGCAACGGCGGCAGCAGCAGCCAGAGCAGCACCAGCAGCAGCAGCAGACUUCACCAAUGCCGGGGGUGCAGCUGGAAGCUUAUAUACUGCUGAAGCCCCCCUUCGUCCUGCUGCUGCUUCUGCUGCUGCUGCUGCUGCUGCUACUGCUGCUGCUGCUGCUCAGCCAUUUGUGCUCUUUGCGUCGGAAGUUGACAGCAAAACUCUAAGAGCCACCCGAGUUGUUCGCCUCUGCUUCAGUCCUUCGCAGCUGGCCCCUGCAGCUGCAGCAGCAGCAGCAACAAACACUGCAGCAGCAGCAGCAGCAGCAACAAACACUGCAGCAGCAGCAGCAGCAGCAGUACAAUGUGAAGUCAACAUUCUCACUGAUUGUGAGGAGACAACUCAGCUAAGGUGGACUUUUCCGUUUGUGUUACGGGAAAAGCAGCUGCUGCUGCCCCCUGCAGGCUCGGCUGCAGCUGCUGCAGUCCCGGCACUUCACUAUGACGUGGGACUGAGCAAAGACAAACUCUAUACCUUUUUCACAGCAACAAACAGGAGUUGUACGUACACCUGGGCGCUUCGAGAGAAAGACCCCUAUGGAACUCCUCGGCUGCUUUUUUGUGGAACUCCUCACUUCUUCGAGUCUGUGUCUGCCUUCGUCUACUUAUUUAUUUGCUGCCCCUCUGGCGAAUUUGGCUGCUACGCACUGCAGCAGCAAUUUCUUGAGGCUGCCCUCACAGCAGCAGCAUCAGCAGCACCAGCAGCAGCAGCAGCAGCAGAACCUGAGCAGCAGCACCAAGGUGCUCUGGUGUCCGUACACCCGGCAAACACUUCCUGUCAGCAGCGCCCUACCCACGAGGGAUUCGCAGAGAAAGAGGGGGGGCGUGUGCAGCAGCAGCAGCAGCAGCAGCAGCAGCAGCCGCAGCAGCAGCAGCAGCAGCUGCCGCUGCUGCUGCUCUACAGGGGGCAGGGGCUGCGGGUGAGAGAUGCUGACGUAAUGCAGCAGGGCAUUGUGGUGUAUGCGCAGCUGUCGGCAGCUCGCAAUGUGCUUCUCGUGAUCAAACCACCUGCUGCUGCAGCAGCAACGGCAGCAGCAGCAAAGGCUGCUGCAGCCGCAACAGCGCCAGCAGCUGCUGCAGCAGCAACGGCAGCAGCAGCAAAUGCUGCUGCAGCUGCAACAGCGCCAGCAGCUGCUGCAGCACACAAAGCGGGUAGUGCAGGAGCUACUGGAAGCGAAGAGGAGGCUGCAGCAACAGCAAGCAGGAUGGGCUCUCAUGAGCAGCCCCUGCAGCAGCAGCAGCAGCAGCCACUGAUUUCAGCUGCUUGCACAAAUGCAGCGAAGUGGAACAGCCCUGCAGCAGCAGCAGCAGCAGCAGCAGUGCCAGCCACUACUUUUAUGCAAGCCUCGUUGCCGCUGGGAGGAGCAGGGCUUCUCUCUGCUGCAGCAAACGCAAAUCCUCGUGCUGCAGUGGUGCUGCUGCUGCUGCAGACGCCGCUGCACCCUGCAGUCUCUGUGCGGCUGCAUGUGCCCUCCUGCAGCCUCUCGCUGCAGCAGCAGCAGCAGGUGGUGCUGCUGCAGCCUCAGCUGCUGCAGCACAUUCGUGCUUUGUGCGCUAGCUUGCCAGCAGCAGUCACAGGGAGCCAGUGUCGGCGCAGCAGCAGCAGCAUUAGCAGCAGCAGCACAAUGAGCCCUGUAGGCUUGUCAGGGCGCAUCAAGCGGUGGUCUCGUUGGGCGCAAGGGCUGCAGCAGCAGCAGCAGCAGCAGCAGCAGCAGCAGUGGGCAGCCGACUCUUUUGCUUCUCAGUUUGCUGUUGAAGUUUUGCUCGCCCCUUCGAGAGAUGCCCAGGCACUAAUACCAAUAACUCUUAUCUUGCCCAAGGCAGCAGCAGCCUGCCUCCAGGCGCAGCAGCAGCAGCAGAAGCUGCAGCAGCAGCUGCUGCAGCAGCAACAACAAGAGCAACUGCAUCCCCUGGCAGAGACAGCAGAAAACGCACAUGCAGCAGCACAGCCGUUUGCCUUCAGUUCAUGCAUGGAAGCCAGAAGAAGCACAGGCAGCAGCAACAGCAGCAAGUGCAGCAGCAACAAUAGCUGCAGCAGCAGCAGCAUUGGCUGCAGCAGCCUGGUACAGCUUCCGGCGUCUUCGCCGUUGUUGCUGCGCUUCCCAUGGUCGGUUGGUGGUGCUGCUGCUGCUCGCUGCAGUUUGCUGCUGCAGGUCUACGGGGCCUACAAGGAGCCCUUAGCUGCUGCUUUUGAUGCUGCUGCUGCGCUGCUGCUGCAGCAAGGGUGGGCUGUUGGCUUCGUGCAUGCGCGGGGGGGAGGGGAUGUCCCGGGAGAAGCAGCAAGCGACGGCAGGGGGCCCCACAAGUCCCAAACAGCAGCAGAUGCUGCUGCUGCUGUUUCUUAUUUGCAUGCGCUAGGCCUCAGCAGCCCGCAGGCGACAGCGCUGCAAGCAGCAUCGGCGGGUGCUGUUGCUGCUGCUGCUCUGCUGCUAUCCAGCAAGCGCAGCGCGGCUCUGCCAGCCCGCAGCCCCGCUGACAGCCAGCAGCAGCAGCAGCAGCAGCAGCAGCAGCAGCAGCAACAGCAGCAGCCAAGAGAGGCUUGGAUACGUUGCUUGCUGCUGGACAGGCCCUUCAUCGAUGUCUGGUCCGCCAUGGAGGACCCUUCAAUGCCUUUAACACAACUCGAGGUCGAAGAGUGGGGCUGCAUGCAUGCACGGUGUAGCGGCAGCAGCAGCAGCAGCAGCAGCAGCAGCAGCAGCGGAGCUGCAGCAAUGGAUGAGACCGACCCAUGGGCUGUGUGGGCAGCUGUGGCCAAGGAUGAGGCUGCAACCGAUUGCUGCAGCAUUGCUGCUUAUUCCUGUUACGAGCAACUCUUGCUGCUGCAGCAGCAGCAGGAGGCGCAGCAGCAGCAGAAGCAAAUGCAGCAACAGCAGCAAGUGAAGCAGCAAGAGCAGCAGCAAAGCCCGCAGGCAACGCCGCUGCCUUACCCCCUACCAACUGUGCUGCUAACAACAACUCUCAGCGACACGAGGACCCCACCGUGGCACGCAGCAAAACUAGCAGCACUUCUUUCUAGCUUCCAACAGCAGCAGCAGCAGCAGCAGCAGCAGCAGCAGCAGCAGCAGCAACGGGUCUAUUUGCGGUGCCUCUUGACGGGCUCAGGGCACUACGGGGAGUUGGAGCAGCAGCAAGAAACGAAGACAGCAGCUGAGACUGUUUGCUUCCUCCUGUCGCAGAUAUCUGGCUGCAGCGUUUCCGCUCAGCCAGCCUCAACUCCAAACCCUAAACCCUAA